UUCCAGCCAAUUCAGAGAGGCAAGACAUACUCUUGGACAGGUUGGCCCCCCUGGGAAUGCCAAAUGGGUCACUGACUGUCCAGUUCCAUCACAAGACAACUUUUCUGGGACAGGCAUCUGGGGAUCUACAAAGAAAUGGCAGAAUUAGAGAGAGAGAGAGUCUUCCUUUUCCCAUUGGUUCACCCCCUCAAGUGGCUGCUAUGGCCGGUGCGUUGCUGCCGGCGUGCUGUGGCGAUCCAAAGCCAGGAGCCAUGUGCUUCCUCCUGGUCUCCCAUGCGGGUGCAGGGCCCAAGGACCUGAGCCAUCCUCCACUGCACUCCUGGGCCACCACAGAGAGCUGGACUGGAAGAGGAGCAACCAGGACAGAAUCUGGUGCCCCAACCGGGACUAGAACCUGGGGUGCCGGUGCCGCAGGCGGAGAAUUAGCCAAGUGAGCUGUGGCGCUGGCCCUUGCUCAAUUUUUUUUUUUUUAUAUUCAUUGUGUUUCUUAGACCAUAAAAGAUAUUCCUUGGUCUGAGUAAAGUCUCAUCAACUGUCUAAAAUUCUAUUUUUCAAGGGUAACCAUGGUGAUGCCAGGAUUCACACAUCAGACUGGAAUGGUAAUACCACAUACUGUUGGCUUGGGACCAGGGGUCCAAUUUUAUCAAUCUGCCUUGCUCAUUUCUUAACUGGAUUGGUUGUUGAGUUUUUUGUGUUCCUCAUGUAUUUUUUUUAAGAUUUAUUUUAUUUAUUUGAAAGACAGUUAUAGAAUGAGGUAGAGCCAGAGAGAGAGAGAGAGCUUCCAUCUGCUGGUUUACUGCCCAAAUGACCACAAUGGCCAGAGAUGAACUGAUCGAAAGCCAGGAGCCAGGAGCUUCUCCCAGGUCUCCCAAAUGGGUGCAGGGACCCAAGGACUUGGGCCAUCUUCUACUGCUUUCCCAGGCCACAGCAGAGAGCUGUAUCGGAAAUGGAGCAACUGGCAUCCAUGUGGAGUGCCAGUGCUGCAGACCAGGGCUUUAGCCUGCUGCGCCACAGCGUCAGCCCCCCUCAUAUAUUCUUGAUAUUAAUCCCUUGUCAGGUAAGUGGCUUGCAAAUAUUUCCCUUCAUUCUAUUGGAUAACUUCAUUCUGUUGUGGUUUCCUUUGCUGUACAGAAGCUUCUGAGUUUGGUAUAAUCCCAUUUGUCUAGUUUUAUUUGUAGUGCCUUUGCUUUGGGGUCUUAUUAAAAGAAUAAUUGCUAGCACCAUUGUCUUGAAGCAUUUCUCCUGUUUUCUUCUAGCAGUCUCAUAGUUUGAGAUCUUACAUUUAGGUCUUCAAUCCAUUUUUAUUUUAUUUUUGUAUAUGGUGAGAGGUAGGGAUCUAAUUUCUUGCUUCUACAUAUAUACAUACACGGUUUUGCCAGCCCCAUUUAUUGAAAAGAUUCCUUUCUCCAGUGUAUGUAAAAAAUCAGUUGGCUCUAUGUGCAUGGAUUAACUUCUAGGUUCUCUAUUUUGUUCUAUAUGUAGGUUUUUAUGGCUGUAUGAUGCUGUUUUAAUUUUUUUUAAAGAUUUAUUUGAAAGAGUUACAGAGAAGGAGAGCCAGAGGCAGAGAGAGAAAGAGAGCGAGAGAGAGAGAGAAUCUUCCAUCCAUUGGUUUACCCCCCAAAUGGCUACAAUGGCUGGGGCUGGGCCAGGCUGAAGCCAGGAUCUAAGAGCUUCCUCCAGGUUUCCCAUGUAGGUUCAGGGACCCAAGUGCUUGUGCCAUCUUCUGCUUUCCCAGAUGCAUUAGCAGGGAGCCGCCUCAGAAGUGGAGCAGCCAAGAUUUGGACUGGUGCCCAUGUGGAAUGGACACUGCAGGCAGAGGCCCCUUGUAGUAUUCUUUGAAAUUAGGUUUCGUGAUGCCUUUUUGUUUGUUUUGUUUUGACUCAUGAUCUCUCUUGCUGUUCUGGGUCUUUUGUGGUUCCAUGUGAAUUUUAGGAUUAUUUUUUAAUUCUAGAAAGAAUGUCAUUUGUAUUUUGAUAGGGAUUGCACUGAAUCUGUUGUUUGCUUUAGGUAAUAAUACUAUCUAUAUUUUAACAAUGUUAAUUCUUCCAAUCUAUGAAUAAGGGAUAGUUUUCCAAUUUUUGUGCACUUGCUAAUUUCUUUUUUUCUUCUUUCAUCAGUGUUUAGAUACCUUUAAUUAAAUUUAUUUCUAAAUACUGAUAUUUUUGUAGCUAUUGUGAUUGAUUUCCUUUUUCACAAGAUCAUUGUUGCUGUAUAAAAAUGCUUCUGAUUUUUUGUAUGUUGAUUUUUGUAUACUGCCACUUUGCUGAAUUGGUUUUAUCAUUUGUACAAAAUCAUAUCUGCAAACAUAGAUAUUCUGACUUCUUUCGAAUUUUGAUGCCCUUUAUUUUGUUCUCUUCCCUAAAUCUCUUGUUAGUACUUCAGUACUAUAUAGGAGUCGUGAAAAUGGACAUCCUUUUCUUGUUCCAGGUCUGAUGUGAAAUGCUCUCAGAUGUUCUCUUUUCAGUGUGGUACUUCCAGUGUGGUUUUGUCAUGUAUGGCCAUUAUAAUUUUCAGGUAUGUUACUUCUAUGCCUAAUUUUUGAUUUCAUCAUGGAAGGGCAUUGAAUCUUAUCAGGUGCUUUUCUUUUUGCAUUUUUGAGGUAAUGAUAUGUUUUUUGUUCUUUAUGCUGCUAAUGUGAUUUAUUACAUUUAUUAAUUUGCAAACCUUGCAUCCCUGGUACAAAUCCCAUUUGAUUGUGAUGUAUGAUCUUUAUAUGUAGUGUUAGAUUCACUUUGCUGAUAUUCUGUUGAGAAUUUUUGCAUUCAUCUUCAUCAAGAAUAUUGUUCUGUAGUUUUAUGUUUGUGUUGUAUAUUUGUUUUUGGUAUCAGAGUAGUGCUGACCUCAUGUAAAGAGUUUAACAAAGUUCUGUACUUUUGGAUAUUUUGGAAUAGUUUGAAAAGUAUUGGAAUUACCUCCUCUUUAAAUGUUUUGUAGAAUUCAGUAGUGAAACUGUCAGAUCCUGAACUUUGUUUGAUAGAAGAUUUUUAGUUACUGCUUCAAUCUCAUUAAUAUUAUUCUGUUUAUAUCUUCUAAAUGUUCUUUUUCCCUUUUUUUACUCCACUUUUUUAUGUUUUUUAAAAAUUUUAUUUAAGUUAUACAAAUUUCAUGUAUUUCAAAUAUACAGAUUUAGGAACAUAGUGAUACUUCCCACCCUACCCUUCCUCCUGCCCUCUAAAUCGUGAUUCAGUGUUGGUAGGUUGUUUAUGCCCAGGUUUCUUUGAGGUUUUCUAAUUUUUUAGCAUAUAGUUGUCCAUAUGUUUUCUCAUAAUCUUUUGUAUGCAGUGAGGUCAUUAGCCAGGUCUCACAGGUCAAGAGCCAGUUAUACCAGGGAGUUACAGCCUUCAGCUUGUAACAGAAAUGCAAAUAGGGCCCACCAGCGAAUGUUGAGUUACUGUAGCAAUUGUGGCACUCACAACUACUGUCCCAAAGCUGCAGGACAAAGAAGGUACUAUUCCCCCAGGACAUGCAAGGCUGAUGCUGGCCUUGUGCCCUGGUCAUCCAGAACCUUGUGCCAAGAAAUGCAGAAGGAGGCAUCCUCAGGCCUGAUCACCUGGGCUUGUCUGUUGGUUACUGCUUGUUCUUAGGCCCAAGGAGCGGAGGGGGAACUUCCCUAUAUCAUGCAGGUAGUAAAUGUGACUCCAGGACUUGUUCCCAGCAAUCCUUCAGCUGCAGGAUGCAGAGGGGUCUGCUCUCUUUCCUUUGAAAUCCCCCUGACUCUGGCCCUUGGGGCUUCUGGCAGUGGUGGGGCUGCUUGCUGUCUCCUAAGCCAGAAUGAAGUCUAGCCAUGGCUGUACCACAGCAGCGCAGGUCUGGGGCUUGAAGAUGGAGGGAGGUGAUGUGGGUUCCUUUUUUGGGAAUAAAGCAACCUGUGGGACCCCAGUCAACUUUCUAGACUGGAUUAAGGCCAGUAAGGACUGGAAAAUUCUCCUGUAGUUAGAUAUGCUGCUUUAUGGCAAAGAUGAAGCUUUCUGCUUUCCUUUCUCCAGAAGAUGGGGUCCUCCCAGCUGGGGAGCCAUGGUGGGAGUGACAGUAUGUGUUGUUCUUUCUCUGUACUGUUUAGAAUUGUUGUACUUCUUUACUGAAGUUUUCACUCAGGCAGUCUGCUAAAAAUGUGAUCCUUCCUUUGUUAUUUUUUUUUUUUUUUAAGAUUUAUUUUUAUGGGACCGGUGCUGUGGCGCAGUGGGUUAACGCCCUGGCCUGAAGCACCAGCAUCCCAUAUGGGCACCAGUUCUAAACCUGGCUGCUCCACUUCCUGUCCAGCUCUCUGCUAUAGCCCGAGAAGAACAUGGCCCAAGUCCUUGGGUCCCUGCACCCACUUGGGAGACCUGGAAGAAGCUCCUGGCUUCUGGCUUCGGAUCAGCACAGCUCCAGCCAUUGCAGCCAUCUGGGGAGUGAACCAUCAGAUGGAAGAGCUCUUUUUCUCUCUGCCUCUCUCUGUGUAACUCUGACUUUCAAAUAAAUAAAUAAAUCUUUAAAAUUUGAAAGACAGAGUUACAGAGAGAGAGAGAGGGAGGGAGAGAGAGAGAGAUCUUUCAUCUAUUGGUUCACUCCUCAAAUAGCCCUAAUGUCUGGGACUGGGCCAGGCCAAAGCCAGGAGCCAGGAACUUCAUUCAGGUCUCCCACAUGGGUGGCAGGGCACAAGCACCCUGGCCAUUUUCUACUGCUUUCUCAGGCACAUUAGCAAGGGCCUGGCUGGGGAGCAGAGCAGCUGGGACUUGAACUAGCUCUCAAUGCUGGCCCUCAUUCUGUUGUUUUUUUCUGUACUAAAAGUGAGUGCAGGCUGGUGCCGUGGCUCAAUAGGCUAAUCCUCCGCCUUAUGGCGCCGACACACCAGGUUCUAGUCCCGGUCAGGGCACCGGAUUCUGUCCUGGUUGCCCCUCUUCCAGGCCAGCUCUCUGCUGUGGCCCGGGAGUGCAGUGGAGGAUGGACUUGGGCCCUGCACCCCGUGGGAGACCAGGAUAAGCGCCUGGCUCCUGCCUUCGGGUCGGCGCAGCGCUGGCUGUAGUGGCCAUUUUGGGGGUGAACCAAUGGAAAGGAAGACCUUUCUCUCUGUUUCUCUCUCUGUCUCUCUCUCUCUCUCACUGUCCACUCUGCCUGUCAAAAAUUAAAAAAAAAAAAAAAGUGAGUGCAGGGCCUCUCUGUUCAGCCAUCUUGUGCAAUCACUGUCAAGUACUUUUAUAGAUUUUUACAUUGCUAAUUGGAGAGUUUUAUAGUAUGACAGGAAUUGUGGCCAGAGGCCUGGUAUAUUCAAACUUCUAGCACUAUUGAACUCCGUGAACCUCUCAUUCCUUGACUGGUUUUAGGAAUUGCCAAAACGAUCAAAAAAGGAGUGAUCUAAGUGCUUCAAAUCUCUUGCUGAAGAUAGUAAUUAAACAUACUUGUUUUUGCAUUGUGUUUGAGAUCAGGAAGACCACAAGAAUCAUUUUUAUAUCUACUACUUUGGAAGAUAACUCUUAAAGCAUUCCUCAUAACACCAUAAUGUAAAUGGAGUUUUUAUUGUCUUUGAGCAUAACACUACUUUUUUUAAUUAAAGAUUUGUUUUAUUUAUUUGAGAGACAGGGUUAGAGAGAGAGGUAGAGUCAGAGAGAGAUGGCUCAAGUACUUGGGCCCCUGCCACCUAUGUGGGUAAACCAGAUGGAGUUCCAGGCUCCUGGCUUUGACUUGGCCCAGUCCCGAUAUUUGGGGAGUAAACCAGCAGGUGGGAGAUUGAUCUCUCAUCCCUUGUCACUGUGCCUUUCAAAUAAAUAAAUCUUUUACAAAAGAAACAUGUUCACUGAAUAAUGGCUUUACCCCUUUACCUUUAGUCUUGUUGAGAAACACCAAGGCUUAGCUUUUCAUAAUAUUCAAGGGGGAACUUAAGUUUGUGAUCUUAUUCUUCCUUGAAUUUAGAGAAGCUUCUGCAUUGAUAAGAAAGAUGAUCUUGGACCCAGGAUUCAGUUCCCUGAAAUUAGUGAAGACAUGACAAACUUGUAUUCUCCUAUCAUCCUCUAUGUGACAGAACACUCAAUUCAGCUAGUAGUUUUGUCCCAAGAACUGUUUUUAGAGUUGUUAGAGUUCUGUACCCUUAAAGGCUGAGUGUAGUUUGGAGCACUACAUGCCUGCUCUCCUUUUUAGGUUUUGUGUUGAUCCCAAACUGCCACCAGUGGCCACCACAAAUUUGGUCUAAUGUUGACCAGAGGGUAAUGGUAAGAGUCAGGGAAGGGCAAAAAUAUAUGUGGCCGGAGACAGCCUGAAGUGAGGUAGGUAAGACAAGAAUUAUCAAUGAAGUGUGGGGUAACUGCAGGCAAAAGGCAAAGAGGGUGUAGAUGUUUGGGACAGUAGUUAAGAUGCUACAUGGAAUGCCUGCAUCACAUGUCUGAGUGCCUGGUUUGAGUCCUGGCUCCCCCACAUCUGAUCUAGCUUCCCACUAAUGUUUACCCUGGGAGACAGGAGAUGGGAUGCCAAACACUUAGGGUCCUGCCAGCCAUGUAGAAGACCCAGACUGAGUUCCAGGCUCUUGGCUUCUGCCUGAUCCAGACCUUGUUAUUAUGGACAUUUUGGGGAGUGAACUAGCAGGUGGAAGAUCUCUGUCUCUCUGUAUUUCAAAUAAAGUGAAAAUUUUUUUUUAAAAGGAAAGAAAGCAUGAGGUCAAAGGAGAUCUAAGUAGUUGCUGGUAGUAUGGAGAAGCAGGCAAUGUCCUAGUAAGUCUGUAGAAACCCACAAAAGAAACUGGUGGGAGUAUUGCAAUAAGUUUAAUCAUACAAUUACUGGAAGAGAAGAUUUAACAUGUUGCACACUAAUCAGAACCACUAGGUUCUAAGGGAGAAUUGUCCUAGAUGGACAAUUUACUCUAAAAGAACUCUAAACACCGAAUCAAUUUAUCAAGAGUUGUGUCAGAAGCACAUACAUGCUAUUUGAAUCACAUGCAUGGCUGCUUCUCUCUUCUUUUUGGAGGGAGGAGGCAAAAACUUGAAUUUUGUAGUAUUCAUGAUCUAACAGUUGAGACAGUGAUUGUUAAGAGGCAGGUAGCGGGGCCAACCGCCUGCAGUGCUGGAAUCCCAUGUGGGCGUCAGUUUGAGUCCUGGCUACUACACUUCAGAUCCAGCUCUCUACUAUAGCUUGAGAAAGCAGUAGAUGAUGGGCCCCUGCACCUGUGUGGGAGGACCUAAAAGAAGCUCCUGGCUCCUGGCUUCGGAUUGGCCCAGUUCUGGCUAUUGUGGCUAUUUGGGGAGUGAACCAGUGGAUGGAAGACUCUCUCUUUCUCUCUCUCUCUCUCUCUCUCUCUGCCUCUCUUAACUCUGCCUUUCAAAUAAAUAAAUAAAUCUUAAAAAAAAAAAAAGGCAGCUACAGGAAAUACAGGGAUAGCUUUCUCAAUCACACAUGGGGUUGGUAAUGAAAUGAUUAUGAGGGAGCUGGUUUACUCUGUUUAGUGUUACCAUUACAAAAUACCUAAAAGCUGAGUAAAUUAAAGGUUUAUCUGGCCCAUGAUUCUGGUGACUGAAGGGUCACCAGUAACUGGCACUGGCAAGGAACCCUCCUGGUUACAUUAUGAAUUUGUGGUUGAAAAGGAAAUUGUUUAAAGAAGGGGCAGAGAUGUUGCUUUUGAGAGAAUGCAUCUAAUUGUGUAAUACCCGACCCAUCCUGUUAUAAGAAUGGGGUGGAGCCCCGUGACCUAAUUACCUGCCACUAGAUCCAUCUCUUAAAGAUUCCAUUGCCUCAGUACUGCCACAUUGGGGACCAAGUUUCCAAUACAAAGAACUUUGUAGGGCAAAUCAUAUAUCCAAAUAGCUAUAAAUAAUUAUAAAUGAAUAGUUAAAAAUGAAAUAAAUAAGUGUCUUGAGGGAGAGGGUUGUAAGAGGUAUAAAUGGACAUUGGUGAAGAGGGGGAAAUAAGAUAGAGAAGAGGGGGAUUGAAGGAAUUUUUUUUGAAGAUUUAUUUAUUUUUUUGAGAGAUAGAGUUAUAGACAGAGAAAGAGGUCUCCCAUCCACGGGUUCAAUCCCCAAAUGGUCACAAUGGCCGGAGCUUGGCCAGUCUGAACCCAGAAAUGGAACGAGGAACUUCUUCUGGGUCUCCCAUGUGGGUGCAGGGGCCCAAGCAUUUGGGCCAUCUUCCACUGCUUUCCCAGGCCAUUAGCAGGAAGCUGGAUUGGAUGUGGAGCAGCUGGGACUCAAACUGGCACUCAUAUGGGAUGCCGGCUCACAGGCAGAGGCUUAACCUACAAUCCGAAGUGCUGGCCCAGGAAAUUAAUUAAUUAAUUAAGGAUGCAAUGUUAGGACACCAUCAUCCCAUAUUAGAGUGGCUAUUUUGAGCCCUGAUUUCACAUUCUUUCUUUCUUUUCUCCUUCCUUCCUUCCUUCCUUCCUUCCUUCCUUCCUUCCUUCCUUCCUUCCUUCCUUCCUUCCUUUUUUUUAGAUUCUAUCUAUUUGAGAGGUAGAGCUACAGAGAGGGGUCUUCCAUCAACUGGUCCAUUCCCCAAAUGGCUGCAACAGCCAGAACUGAGCUGAUGCAAAGCCAGGAGACUUCUCCAGGACCCCAUGUGGGUGCAGGGGCCCAAGGACUUGGGCCAUCUUCUCUGCUUUCCCAGGCCAUAGCAGAGAGCUGGAUCAGAAGUGGAGCAGCCGGGACUUGAACUGGUGCCCAUAUAGGAUGCUGGCGUGUCAGGCCACAGUGCCAGGCCCAGUAGCAGGUUUUAUUAAAGAAAAAAUUGCAUGAUUUACUUUUCACCAGUCUGUUCUGGCAUGUUUCUAAUAAUAUCAGAAUCACCUGGAUCAAUGAUAGAAUGAGUGCAUACUCUGUAGUUUUUUCCACAAGUGGUGCCCAGUUAAUUAUGAUUGCCACUAUAGUGAUGGACACCAGUUUUGGCCAACAUGAUGUUAAUAUUCUAUUUCAAAUUUCCUCAGAGCCAGGCAGUUGUUGGUGAGGAUGACCAGUUUCGCUUUGCUUUGUCUGAUCAUGUUCAGAGACUGCUUGUACCGUAGCACAUAUUUUCCAUUCUUCAUCAUGAGCUAGAGCCUAGAGUUGAUAGACUCCAGCAACUUUUUUGUCUUCUUUGUGACCACUAUCUUCCUGCCUUAGGUGUGGGAUGGCCUCCAACCAAAUGUAGCCGCCAAGAUGGCUAGGGGGCAAGAAAGGCACAGUUGAUUUUUUUUUUAAAAAUAUUUAUUUAUUUAUUUGAAAGUCAGAGCUACACAGAGGAGAGGCAGAGAGAGAGAGAGAGGCCUUCCAUCCACUGGUUCACUCCCCAACCUGCCACAAUGGCAGGAGCUGCGCCUAUCCGAAGCCAGGAGCUAGGAGAUUCCCCCCAGGUCUCCCAUGUGGGCACAGGAGCCCAAAGACCUGGGCCAUCUUCCACUACCCUUCAAGGCCACAGCAGAGAGCCAGAUCGGAAGUGGAGCCGCCAGGACCCGAACCAGUGCCCAUAUGGGAUGCCGGCACCGCUGGUGGCGGCUUCACUGGCUACACUACAGUGUUGGCCCUACAGUUGAAUCUUAACACACGUAUUAUUUAUAGUAUCUUCAGCAAGUGAUCUAUCUUCUCAUCUAUGAACAUAAAAUUAUUUCAUUAUAGUCUAAGUACAAAGUCUAUCAAGUGAAAACACAGCCAGAAACUUGGAAACACUUCAGAACAACCUGUUCCCACCUUAGUAACGUAAUACAAGAGUUAGGCUGAGGUUUUAAGAGUAGUUAUCUCCUGGCUUCGGAUUUACUUGGCUCUAGCCAUUGUGGCCAUGUGGAGAUUUGUAAACCUGUGGAUGGAAAAUCACUCUGUCUCUGUAACUCUGCCUUUCAAAUAAAUAAAUAUUUAAAAAUAAACAAAAAAUUACAUGGAUGGAUCAUAAUAUAUUCCUAUUGAUUAAACAGCAUUGACCAAGAUCUUCUUGUCCUCAUGGGGAGGUCCUGUAUGUUCCAAACCACCUCACUUCUGUGAUGCUAAAUUCUAUAAUGUCAAGGGCCUUUUUUUUUUUUUUAAACCUGCUUCUUAUUUAUUCACUCAACGGUAUUUACUGAGUACAUUGCCAGGCCUCUAUUCUAGUUACUAGGGAUAUAGCAGGGAGCAAGAUAAACCAGAUCCCUACUAUUUUAAGUCUAUAUUACAGUAAAGGGAGACAGACAAAAAACAUUUGUGAUGGAAGGGAUGGGUGUUGUGUGUAGUGGGUAGCAGCUGCCUACAACAUUGGCAUCCCAUAUGGAUGCUGUUUCAUGUACCAGCUACUCCAUUUCUGAUCCAGCUCUCUGCUAAUGUCCAGGAAAGCAGUGGAAGAUGGUCCAAGUGUUUGGGCCCCUGCCACCCAUGUGGGAGACCCAGAUGAAGCUCCUGACUCUUGGCUUUGACCUGGCCCACUGCUGGAUAUUGUGGCCAUUUGGGGAGUAAACCAGUGGAUGGAAGAUAUAUUUCUCUCUCUUCUCGCUCUCUCUUUCGGCCAUCUAGUGGGGUUGGGGGUCUUUGGGCCCCUCAUACAUAGGUAGAAUGUUCUUCCACAAGCAGGCUGACUAGUUGUGGCUGGAAAGCCUGUCUCCAGACCAGCUGAUACCUCCCCACACUAAUAGCUUCUUGUUCUGCAUGUGUGACCUUGCAGCUUUAAAUCACACCUUCAGGGUGGGUGCAAGCUUUCACCCAGAGCUGGCUGGGGAAGGGGCUGAGCCCCAAGGGGGAGUCAGACUGGUCCCAGGAGAUCCAAGCAGAUAUGUCGUGUGGCAUUCUUCAAAAUUCUUUAAGACUAAAUAAGCUUCUUUCCUGGCAUCUAAAGCAAAAUAAAUAUAUAAUGAGAAAAAAUAAUUUUGGUUUUUAAAGAGGUAAGAAAGAGAAAAAAGCAGACACAAGGAGACCAUUCAAAACAUUACUACAGUGACCCAGGUGUCACAAGUUGUGGGGUGGUCUAUGGAUUCACAUUAGAAUGAAAAGAAAUGGAUUUGAAGUACAGAAAUAAAAUCAGAAUAACCUGAUUAUUGUAGACCUCUACAUUCUCACAUGAAAAAAAUGCUUACAUAUUAGGUUAAACACAUGAAGUUUCUAUUUCUAUAUGCUCCAAACCAUUAAAUAUCAGCAACUUCAAAUGAUUUAAACUAUUGUAACAAACCAAGGACCACCAGGGCUGUGGCCCUGGAGAGCAGUGGAGGAUGGCCCAAGUCCUUGGGCCCCUGCACCCAUGUGGGAUAUCCGCAAGAAGCUCCUGGCUCCUGGCUUUGAAUCGGCGCAGCGCCUACUGUUUCGGCCAUUUGGGGUGUGAACCAGUGGACCGAAGACCUGUCUCUCCCUCUCACUGUCUGUAACUCUAACUCUUAAAUAAAUAAAUAAAUCUAAAAAAAAAAAAAAAAAAAAAAAAGGACCACCAGGUCUUCAAAUUCAUCCAAAUUAAAAGUUGUAAAAAUGGGGCUGGGGCUGUGGCGUAGCAGGUAAAGCCGCCGCCUGCGGUGCCGGCAUCCGAUAUGGGCACCGGUUCAAGUCCCGGCUGCUCCACUUCUGAUCCAGCUCUCUGCUAUGGCCUGGGAAAGCAGUAGAAGAUGGCCCAAGUCCUCGGGUCCCUGCACCCACAUGGGAGACCUGAAGUGGCUCCUGGUUUCAGAUGGGUGCAGCUUGGACAUUGCGGCCAACUGGGGAGAGAACCAGCGGAUGGAAGACCUCUCUGCCUCUCUUUCUCUCUCUCUGUAACUCUUUCAAAUAAAUAAAUAAAUCUUAUAAAAAAAAAGUGGUAAAGUCCUCAUCUUUGAGAUAUGGAUCUUCUGGCAGAUGGAAAACUUGGAUUUGGCCCUGUGUAGGGCCUCAGUAAUAUUCUCUUUAUUCUGCAACUUGGUGUGGAUAUACUUGGCCAACCAUGAACCUUGGCCGCCAUGCCCUGGGGCAUGAGAAAGACUGAGGUGGAUCUUGAGUGAAUUUCCAGACCUGGCUGCUGCACUUCUGAUCCAGCUCCCUACUAAUGUGCCAGGGAAAGCAGUGGAAGAUGGUCCAUGUCAUGGGACCCUUGCACCCUUGUGGGAGACCCAGAAGAAGCUCCAGUCUCCUUCCUGGCUUCAGCCUUGUCCAACCCCUGCUGUUGCAGCCAUUUGGGUUGUGAACCAGCGGAUGGAAGACCUCUCUCUUUCUCUCUCUGCCUCUCUGUAACUCUGCCUUUCAAAUAAAUAAAUCUUUAAAAAAGCCAAAAAAACUAGGCUUCAUCCCUGAAGCUUACAUCAUGGAUUUUGUAUUUAAAAAGCUAAGUGGGAAAACAGGUUUUGUAAGAAAUUGCAAUUCAUUAAGAUACGAAUGGAUGGAAAAUAUCUAAGAUUAAAAAUAUAUUCAAUUAUAAUUAUUUUUGAACACUUAAUAGUAUACCAUGUACUAUUCCCAGGUACAAUAUUAUUAGUAGGAAUUCCUCAAUAAAUUUACAGUCUAUGUGAUGGACAAAGGACAAAAGCCUCAGAUCUACUUUAGUCCCCUACCUAUCUAACUCAGAGCAGACUGAACCCCCACUUUCUUCCCCAACCAGCUCCACCCUAUCUUGGCCCUCCAAGCCUCCCAAACCUUCUCAACCAUAUCUCAAUUUUAGCCCAAGCCUCGCCUUGCUCUCCCCCAAGCUCUCCAUCUUGCAUGAAGCUUCUAUGAAAAUGUGCUCUCUGUGUUACCAGUCGCAGGGGGAGGGCGGUUGCUAGAGUUUUCGUUGCCAGAGUUUCGUGGGUUCUUUUCCUCAGCUUAGUAUAGAAAUAAAAAGCCUGGAAGCCUUUUGCAAAGAGGCAGAACCUUUUAUUGGACAGAAAAGAAACUUAUUUGAUUAGCAAGUGACGGAAAAAGCGUCUGGUUUGAGAGGAGACUAGCUGAAGUGUCGGAGCAGGACACUGGCUUUUAGGAAGUGUCCCGAGUUUUUAAGGCAUUACUGUUCAUUGGGCCAUACUAUUUGGGGAGCCCAUUGGAGGGGUGGAGGAGGUUUCACAUACAUAUGUCAAUUGGCUUGGGGCUCAUGAAGGUAGCAGGGGGCUGUCUCCUUAGGGGCUCAGCCCCCUCCUCUGUCAGCUCUGGGUGAAAGAUUGCAACCAUCCUGGAGGUGUGACUUAAAGUCGCAAGGUCACAUAUGCAGUACAAGAAGCUAUUAGUGGGGGAGAUUCCAGUGGGUCUGGAGACAGGUUUUCCAGCCACAGCUGUUAGCCUGCUUGUGAAGGACAUUCUACCUACGUGUGAGGGGCCCACAGACCCCUACCCCCUCUAGCUCCAUUGGACGGCCUCACUCUGCUGUGUUUCCAGGUGUUUCUCUACCAUGUGUUCCCUCGAGCCCCUCUCAGGUUUGUUCCCUGAAUAAACCUUUUCUGGUUGUGUGUCUUGCCUCCGCCUUGCCUUGCUUUUCUUUCUUUACACUACGUGGUAACAAGAUUACGAAGCGAGAACAGUAGAGCUAGCAUGCAGUCCACCUCGUUAGUGUCCUAAAACCCAGGAAAUGCUCCCUCCUUCGCCGCGUUCCCAGCCCCGGCGUCUGCAAGGCUGCGAGUCAGCUCUGUGACCGUCACGUCUGCCAGCCACUCAGCGGAGCUAACCCCGCAAAAAGCAGAGAUACUGAGGACUGCGUCCCCAUAGUGUUUACGACCAGCGGCCGCAUAGUCCUUCAACACGCAUGCGCAGGAGGACGCUUAGGGAAGCGUGUCGCCCCUCCACCGGCGACCAUAGAGCGGUCAGUCCUCCUCUGUUCCUAGAGGGCUUCCGGAAGUGCCUGGGGGCCAAGAUGCGCUCUGCCUGGUGUGCCUCAGCGGGUUUGGAAGUUAAUGGCUGGAGAGGCCUACUGGAGUAUAACGGUGCUUGUCUUUUUACCUCGACCUUGUUCCGGGUCAGCACAUCCUGUGCAGCCGCCCCUGCUUACCCCAGGCCGCUCUGGAACUCACAAAGUAUCCUUAGGCUUUCAGAAGGUUCUUAAGAUAAAGAAAGUAGUGGAAACAAACCUCCUGAGCUUUUCUGGCCCUAAAUGGCUGCAGAAUCAAGAAAGCCUGCAGCCCCAUCUCCACGAGAGCAGGCUCCAGAAGAGGAUCUUGUAAUUGUCAAGGUAGAGGAGGAGGAUCAUGGUUGGGACCAAGAAUCUGUUCUGCAUGAAAAUAACCCUCCUGGCCAAGAACUGUUUCGCCUGCGCUUCAGACAGUUGUGCUACCAGGAGACACUGGGACCCCGAGAAGCUCUGAUACAACUCCGGGCACUUUGCCAUCAGUGGCUGAGGCCAGAUUUGAACACCAAGGAACAGAUCUUGGAGCUGCUGGUGCUGGAGCAGUUCUUGACUAUCCUGCCUGGGGAGCUGCAGACUCUGGUUAAGGAACAUCAGUUAGAGAAUGGAGAGGAGGUGGUAACCCUAUUGGAGGAUUUGGAAAGGCAGAUUGAUAUACUAGGACGGCCAGUCCCAGCUCGUGCUCAUGGACAUAGGGUACUUUGGGAGGAGGUGGUGCAUUCAGAAUCUGCACCAGAGCCUCCAAGUACUCCGCUCCAACCAGUGGCAAUCCAAUACAAAUCUCCAGUGUCCCAAGGGCCGCAACAGAGAGCUUUAUCUACUUCUCAGAGUCCUGUCUCUUCUCAGAAAGGAAAUUCUGGAGACCAGGAGAUGACCGCCACACUUCUCACAGCAGGGUUCCAGACUUUGGAGAAGAUCGAAGACAUGGCUGUGUCCCUUAUUCGAGAGGAGUGGCUUCUUAAUCCAUUGCAGAAGGAUUUGAGUAGAGAUAAUAGACCAGAAAAUUAUAGAAACAUGUUCUCCCUGGGUGGUGAGACCAGGAAUGAGAACAGGGAAUUAGCUUCAAAACAGGUAAUAUCUACUGGAAUCCAGCCACAUGGAGAAACAGCUGCCAAGUGCAACGGGGAUGUUAUCAGGGGUCUUGAGCAUGGAGAAGCCCAAGAUCUUCUGGGCAGAUUAGAGAGGCAGCGGGGAAAUGCCACACAAGAAAGACGACAUAAAUGUGAUGAAUGUGGGAAAAGUUUUGCUCAGAGUUCAGGCCUUGUUCGCCACUGGAGAAUCCAUACUGGGGAGAAACCCUAUCAGUGUAAUGUGUGUGGUAAAGCCUUCAGUUACAGGUCAGCCCUUCUUUCCCAUCAGGAUAUCCACAACAAAGUAAAACGCUACCACUGUAAGGAGUGUGGUAAAGCCUUCAGUCAGAACACAGGCCUGAUUCUGCACCAGAGAAUCCACACUGGUGAGAAGCCAUAUCAGUGUAAUCAGUGUGGGAAAGCUUUUAGUCAGAGUGCAGGCCUUAUUUUGCACCAGAGAAUCCACAGUGGGGAGAGACCUUAUGAAUGUAAUGAAUGUGGGAAAGCUUUCAGUCAUAGCUCACACCUCAUUGGACAUCAGAGAAUCCACACUGGGGAGAAGCCCUAUGAGUGUGAUGAGUGUGGGAAAACCUUCAGGCGGAGCUCACAUCUUAUUGGCCACCAGAGAAGCCACACUGGGGAGAAACCCUACAAAUGCAAUGAAUGUGGCAGGGCCUUCAGUCAAAAGUCAGGCCUUAUUGAACAUCAGAGAAUCCACACUGGAGAAAGACCUUAUAAAUGUAAAGAAUGUGGGAAAGCUUUCAAUGGGAACACUGGCCUCAUUCAGCAUCUGAGAAUCCACACAGGGGAGAAGCCCUAUCAAUGUAAUGAGUGUGGGAAAGCGUUUAUUCAGAGGUCGAGUCUCAUUCGACAUCAGAGAAUCCACAGUGGAGAAAAAUCUGAAUCCAUGGUAGUUUAGGAAAAGCUUGUCAUAGUUUGGAUAUUAUUUGACAUUAGAGAAACCAUGCAGUGGUGAAAGACCUUUCAGUGUAGAAAGGCAGAAAGUCUCAUCAUUGCAACUUUAUCUAGUGUCAGAAUCUAUAGUGGUGGCAAAGUUAGAAUAGCUCCUCAGUAGUUUGGGCCAGUGCCUUGAUACAGGUUGAUUAGCUUGACUGUCCUAGCAGGUGUCUGAUGGAUCAGAGCUUCUGAUGGCCUAAUAUAGCCUUUAGACAUCUAAAAUAGCAUUAGAGCAAGUUGCUUGUCAAGGCUUUAGACAGUUAACUUUGUCUUUUGGAUAAUUAGCUGUAGGUUUCAGAGAAGCUGCUACACCUAGUUCCUCUGCUGCUUCCCAUCUAUGAUACCUUUCUCCCCUCCAUUCCCCUCAAGGUGCCCUUGUACUUCUAUCUGAGAAGCUGCUUUACAGUCCAAGGCGGCUUCUGUGUGUGACUUAUAUUUGUUAGCUUUCUAAGAUCCUAGUUCUAGGGAAAUUUUUACAGACACUUAAUGUAUUUAUGCUUAAGUGUGCACUUUUUUAUUCUGAUGUUCCUUCUAGUAAUCCAUAUUCUCAAGCAAACUCAGAAUGCUAUAUUUUUAACAGCACUCCAGCAUUUUACUUCACAUAUCACCUUCACUGACUCCACUGAGUCACUGAGCAUCUGUACGUAUCCUUCACCACCCCUCUCCCAGUACGUGUGUCAGCAAAGGAAAUGGACGCGUUAGUGAUGGUUGUGAGAGUGAUGCAAACAAUGAGGUGAGUGGAGACUCAGCCCAGCUACUCUGAAGCUUGGAUAAUUGUACCUUUUGGUGACUUCUGACUCUCCUUGCACCUCCCUGCUGUAUACUGUGGAACAAAUAGAAAUUUGCACUAUCCUAGUUUUGGCAUCACAUAGAAGAAAUAGGAGACAGAGAUGCUUGAAGAAGACAUAAAAAUCCUUACAAAGAAUGUACACUCAUGCCUUUUGGCCCAUUAUAGUACUGUUCUCAGGUCCUAUAAGCCUGCACAGACUCCUUGACUAGAUGAUCUGUCAUUCUUCAUUACCCUGGAACCACCUCCUUUGGUCGCUCAUCAUUUUCUGUAUUUCCUACCAUUAAUUUAUAUAAUAUCCACAGUGAUAAUGUAUUGAAUACCUUGCAGUUCAUUUCUUGUCUGAAUUCUGAUGUACUCCAUCUGUAUUCCAUGUCUGUAAUUUCCCAGCACAGACAUAAACUAUUAAACUUAUCAUUACCAGGCACUGUAUUUCAUCUUUGAGGCUUUUCAAUUUACCAAAGGAUGCUUAUAAAGUAAUGAGACUGGUUUUAAAGUUAUAUGCUAAAACUUAUGCAUCCAGUCUGGAUUAUCCUUUAAAUUGGGUGGUUCUAGUUAACUCCAAAGCACCAUUAUUCCUAUUAGUGUUACAUUCCUUCAAAUUUUUGGAAUACAGUUAGAAUUCUUGCCUAAUAGACAAUAUAAGAAAACCCUUUAUGACUUGAUAAUAUUUCAUAUUUGAUCAUUUGAUUAGCCCUUUAUUCACCAGAGUUGGAAUUAAGUAACCGUUGGCUUUCCAAAGUAAUCCUCAAACUUGAAAUUGAUUCCAUAAGCCAGUACAGAAGAAAAUUACAUAGGUUCUGAUGAACCCUUCAAGGGAAGUAAUACAAUUUGAUGCUGACUGUCUUGAAAAGGGAUGUAACUCUUAAUCUUGAUAAUUCAUGAUUGAUGUGGUUAAAAAAUAAUAAACUCUUUAUGAAGUCCACCUUUUGAAUUCUUUCCCUGUACCAUCCUUUCUGUCUCCCUUUGACAUGCUUUGACUACUAACAUUGAGGGUUUCUGUAUCUAUUUUAUUGAGCCAUUGGUCAUCCUGAUUUUCUUGGUUAAUUUUUUCAAAACAGUCCUUUUCAUUAUCUGUUGUUAACCUCUGUUCUCUUUUUUCUUUUUUUUGACCUGCAGAGUACCAUUUCUAAUUUCCUAUGCUUCAGAUUUUAAGAAAUCAGAAACAAGUAAAUCUGGUUGUGUGUAGAUCUUUGCUUUUUGCUUCAGUUGUUCCUUACCCUGUGUUAAGAUAUUAAUUUUGCCUGGGGCAAGUGCUGUCUUGUGUGCAGAUGUUACCUAGGAUGAGUAUUCAAGGGAAAAUGCUUGUGUGUGUAUAUAUAUAUAUAUAUACACGCACACACUUCUCCCAUCUACUUUAGAGGAAGAUUUGCCUUCUUUUUCAGUAACAAAACAACAUUUUAGCAGAGCAGCACAUUGCAUUGAAAUGUCUGUGGAUGUGCCAAUCAGUGUCUCUUUAGCAUCAGUACCCAGAGUAAUGUGCAUCCUGUUGCUUCACUUUCUGAUUACUAAGCAUCUGACAGAAAUUCAUAGGAGAGAAAAUAAUGUGACUAGAAAGAUUAAUGAGAAAAGACUCACUUGAAAGAAUCAUCAAGGCUGCUUCAGCACAUAUAAAUAGCCAAGGGGCAGAAGACAAUUGAAAAAGGCUGUAUGUUUUUUCUCUUCUCUUUGGACUGUCCUUGAUUAGUCUAUAUGACAUUAUUUUGUGCUGUUAGCUGUAAAAAAUAUAAAGUACACUCCUUCAAGCAGAUUCUGUUUUUUUGUUUGUUUGUUUGUUUUUAAGAUUUAUUUUAUUUAUUUGAAAGAGUUACACAGAGGAGAAGCAGAGAGAGAGAGAGGUCUUCCAUCGCUAGUUCACUCCCUAGAUGGCUGCAAUGGCUGGAACUACGAUGAUCUGAAGCCAGGAACCAGGAGCUUCCUCCAGGUCUCCCACGUGGGUGCAGGGGCCCAAGGACUUGGGCCAUCUUCUGCUGCUAUCUCAGGCCAUAGCAGAGAGCUGGAUCGGAAGAGGAGCAGCCGGGACUAGAACUGGCGCCCAUAUGGGAUGCCGGCGCUUCAGGCCAGGGCUUUACCCCACUGUGUCACAGUGCCGGCCCCCAGAUUCUAUUUUUAUGCUAUUAAUCUGAAAAGAACUUUAAUACUUUUCCUACCCUCAUUUUAGGAUCUGACAUGAUAAGGUACUUUUUCCUAACUGUUGCCAUCUGAUAAAGUUCUAGAAGUUUUAAGAUUUUCUUCAUGGAGCAAGGUGGCAGUGCUAGAAUAUGGUGGUUUAUUCCCAUAUAGAACAGUUAAACCAUAGUUCUAGUAGCUGAUUUUUAUUGAGUACUUACUGUGUGCCAGACUCUUUAUUAAGCAUUUCUUGUGCUUCCAAUAGAUAAUACUAUAUAUUCCAUUUUAUAGAUGAGGAUAACGAGUCUUUGAGAGUUGAUCUCACACAGCCAGUAAGGACAAAAAUUCUUAAACGUGAUUCUAGAGCCUGUGCACCUAACAGCUAUGCUCUGCUGACUAUAAUGAACAGCACAGCUUUGACCAAGUACUUUAAAAAAAUGUAUCCCUGGUCAAUUCCAUUGUAUUUACUAAAAUUAUUGCUUGAAUAUGUCAUUUUGGAUUAUAAUUGUAUCAUUUUAAAUGUUGAUACUUUCAAUACUUUGUAGUAGAGAGGUAAAUUGAGUAAAUAAACUAUGCUUGAAAGAGUGAUAGGUAGGAUAAAACCUCAUAUAACUUAGAGAAUCAAGUAGAUUUCUCUCUAAACUGCCCAAGGCAAGGAUGGGGAACCUUUUUUUCUGCCAUGGGCCAUUUGGAUAUUUGUAACAUCAUUCAUGGGCUAUAUAAAAUUAUCAACUUAAAAAUUAGUCUGCUUUAGAUUUAUUGAAUUGUGAAUCCUGCCUGUGGUUGCCUUGGUAGGGGUAGACAAAAUGAUUUUGCAAACCUUAUACACCCCUGGCCUAAGGGAAAGUAGAAUUGUGGAAGGAAAUGAAAUAUCUAUAUGCCAGGUCGGGCAGAUGGACAGUUCAGAUGACAAUAGCAAGUUUAUCUACAGCAUAAAAUGUGAAAAACCUUCAAGCUUGUUGCCCACUUUUUUUUUUUUUUCCUUUUUUUUGACAGGCAGAGUGGACAGUGAGAGAGAGAGACAGAGAGAAAGGUCUUCCUUUUGCUGUUGGUUCACCCUCCAAUGGCCACCGCGGCUGGUGCGCUGCGGUCGGCGCACCGCGCUGAUCCGACGGCAGGAGCCAGGUGCUUCUCCUGGUCUCCCAUGGGGUGCAGGGCCCAAGGACUUGGGCCAUCCUCCACUGCACUCCCUGGCCACAGCAGAGAGCUGGCCUGGAAGAGGGGCAAUCGGGACAGAAUCCGGCGCCCCGACCUGGACUAGAACCCGGUGUGCCAGCACCGCAAGGCGAAGGAUUAGCCUAGUGAGCCGCAUUGUUGCCCACUUUCAAUAGCUAUCUUAUUUUUUCUCUGUCAUUCCUGAUUUUUCAAUACCAUUUCCUCAUUAAUCUAUUCUUAAAACUUGUCCUGAUUGUUUCAUGCUCAGCAUUAUUUGAAAUGGCUUCUGAAUUGCUGGUAGAUAAAUAUUAAGCCUGUUUUUUAGUUCUUGUCUUUCUUGAUCUCAUUCCUAUUUGAUAUUGUUAAAUUCCUCCUGUACCUGCUUUGGCUUAUGGGAUUCUGGCCACCCCUCCCUGCUUCUGGCUUUUCUUCAUUGGUCUUUUUUCUUCUCCUCUCCAUUGAGAAUAAUCCCCAGAUCUUAUUUUUAUUCACUACCUUUUUUAUAUUUUUACUUAUCCAUUUUUUUACACUUAGUUUAUUUAUGUGACUUCUUAUUUUGUACCCUGUGGGUUAUGUCAAAACUUUCCACAGGUACCUGUGCAGCUUGCUAUUUGAAAACAGAACUCAUCACUCAUUUUUCCAGUCCCCGUUUUCUUUUAAAAUGAGUAUCAUUGCUUAACUGCUUUACCUUGAACAGACUACCUUUCAUGUUUUUUCCCAGCUUUAGAAUAGUCUUUUAUCUUUUUCUGCCCUCCAUUUUUAAGGUCCAAAAUCUAGCUGUUGAUUAAAUUCUUAGCCUUCUCCUUGAGGCUUGACCUUUUACAUUUCUACCAUCCCCUUAUAGCAUUAUGGGCACAUCAGGCCCAGGUUACUGUAAUUCUUUGUCUCUAGUUUCCUUGCUGUCAUGAUCUUCAUCUUGUAUGAAGCUUUUGCUAGAUGUCUCAUUUUCACUUAGUAAUGCCCAGCAGGUAAUUGCUUCCAGAGCAGUGGUGUUCCAGGUUCUUCAUUACCUUACCUCAGCCUUCAUUACUCUUCAGCUUAUUCAUCCUGAUUCAUGACAUUCAAACUUCCUAUAGCUUUCUACUGUUGUCUUACAAACCCUUGCCUCUGUGCCUUUCUCACAGUCUUCUUGAUUAGUUUGCUUUUUGGCCCUAGCUCAUGUUCAAGUCUCCCUUCAAAGCCAGCUUCCUUUAUUUCUUCUGAGUGAGCCUUCCCUUAAUCCAUAUUGCCUAAGCACUUACCCUUUGAGUUUGUACUGUGGCCCGUGCACUGACUAAUAUAUUGCUUUAUAAUUAUUUUCUAGCAUUCAGUAUUAUAGUUUCACAUUUUUAUUUAUUUGCAAAAUUAAAUUGUAAGCUCCUUGAGGGCAGGAAUAAUAACUUUUACAUUUCUAUCUGUACUUCUUAGUGCCUAGUACAGUGCUGAGCACAUGGUAGGCAUUUAAUAAAUGCUUGUUGAAUUAUUGUGCUGAU